GUGAACGUGUGUGGGUGUGAGCUGGUGUGCAAAAAUGGAAAUGCAUCCGAAUUGAAAAUGUGCCAACCCGAUUAAAACCCGCUAAAAAAAAAGUUGUAGUGCAUUUCUAUAAAUUGUCACAACGGCAGAGCAGCAGCGCACAUGGAAAAUGUGCCCGAUAUUUCCUCCAGCGCUUCGUCUUCGUCUCUGUCUUCUUCUUCUACUGCCUCUUCCACACUGAAACUCCAAAGCCAAGUUAAUUCCAGAAAUGUCCUGAUCAGAUCGCAGAGCAGCGGCAAGUUAAGCAGCAAUGAAGCUGAAUCAACAAAGGCAUCAGCUAAAUCCAGUACAACGACGACUCUGCGAGCGGCCAAGCUCAAGAUCGGGGCCAUGCAACAGCAACAGCAGAAGCAGAAGCAGCAGCAGCAACACCAGCAGCAGCAGCAACAGCAACAUCAGACUGCAAACGGAGUCGGCGGCAGCAAUAUUAUCCUGCUGCGCGGCACACGCAACGAGAAUGGGCAGAUCAUUAUUCAAAACAAACAGGACAUACUCAGCCUGCUCAACGAGCAACAGCAGCAGCAGCAGGAGAAGAAUCACUCGUCCACGGCCAUUACGCUCAAUCAACUGCCCACGACCACAACUGUGGCUAGAAAGACCAUUGUCCAAGGCUCGAAUGGAGGCAGCAACUCCAGCAGCAGCAGUAACACCAGUAGUAACUCCACCAUUUCCAUUGUGGCCAGUGGCAACAGCAAGGAGGCCAGCAGCAAUACCAUUCUGCUGCAGACUCCCAUCAAUGCCAGCCAGCUGGAGAGCGUGCUAAAGGCUCAGGAGCGUUCCAAGCAGGCGGCCAAUGCCACACAAACCAAGCUAGUAGAGCGGCCCUUUAUGCUGAAACAUGCCUCGCGAAGUCUUAGUUCCGAGAGCAAUUGCGACAGCAAGUCACCCUUUGUGCUGCAGACCCUCAAACGUCUGGAGAAGUCACAGUCCAUUCUGGUCAUACGUAACUCCACAGCCAGCUCGGCGACUGCCAAUACCUCUAUGGCAACUUCACCGCCAGCGAGUAACUCCCUCUCCACAUCGAGUAUUCUCAGCGUGACACGCACCACAAAGGCGGCCAAGGGUGUGGCAGGAGCACUGCACAAGCUCAAGGCAGCGGCGGCUGCAACCACGACAGCAUCGGGCACGGGAGUAACAGCGGUCAACGCGCCAUCAUCAUCAUCGACGGCCACCACUAUACUGAGGUUAGGCAAAAGCGCCACCACAUUGGCCAUUAACGGAGGUAGCAGCAAGCUGGAGGCCACAAUGGCCACCACGGCAACGGCAACGACAGCCACCACAACAUCAAAUAAAUUGUCCAACGCGGUGACGUCCGAGCAGCAGCAGCAACAAUCGACAACGAAUGUGCCACUUGGGAACGAUGGCGAACCCAUCAAGCUGCCCGACAAUUUGGAGAGCCUGCCAAGAGCCGACAGUUUUCCAUCACAGCGCCAUCGUUGGAAUACAAAUGAGGAAAUCGCAGCAAUUCUUAUCAGCUUUGAUAAGCAUGGCGAAUGGCAGUCCAAGGAGGUUCGAACUAGACCCAAAAGUGGAUCCCUAUUGCUGUACUCCAGGAAGAAGGUCCGCUACAGACGCGAUGGCUACUGCUGGAAGAAGCGUAAGGAUGGCAAGACAACGCGCGAGGAUCACAUGACUAAAGUACAAGGCACAGAGUGCAUCUAUGGCUGUUAUGUACACUCGGCCAUAUUGCCCACAUUUCAUCGCAGAUGUUACUGGCUGUUGCAGAAUCCCGACAUUGUUUUGGUGCAUUAUCUGAAUGUGCCAUAUCCGGAUGAUAAUAAAAUGGCCGUGAUAGCGCCCAGCAUCACCCUUUGGGGGGACAAAAAGGAGUGGACCAAGGAGGAGCUGGUUAGCCAACUGAAGCCAAUGCUCUCCACAGUCAACUCUGAUGAUGACUCAGACUCUGGCAACGAUAUAGAAAUAUCGACGGCCGAGACAGUGGAGUCAAUAGUUUGCCAAUUGAUGGAGAAACAGCGAUUGUCCCGCCAGGCUGCGUUGGUCAAGCAGCUGGACUGCGGCUGUGGGGAUGCAGGAUGUGCGGAUGGUAAGACCUGCACGCAUCCUGUGAUGCGGCGUUGGGCUAUCCUCAAGUCCUCGGUGCAGGAGAAGCGACUAGGGGAGCCCUUCAACGGCAACACGCCCAAUGUGGUGGUGGCCAGCAAGCUGUACUCCCGCUGGGCAGAGCGACCAAGGCAGCACAUGGAUAGCCACGGACAGUUCCACAAUGCCACGCAGCAGUUGCCUCAGGAGUCGGCCAUCAAGUUCCAGAUCAUUCCGCCACAGCAGCAGCAGCAACAGCAGCAGCAGCAACAGCAGGCAGGACAUGGAGAUGGAAGCUACCAGCAGUAUCGAGGAGCCAGUCAAAUGCUGGCCGCAAGAAGCAAUCUGGUGAUGCAGCAGCAGCAGCAACAUCAACAGCAGCAGCAGCAGCAAUACCAUCAGCCACAGCAGCAGCAACAGCAGCAGCACCUGAGCCUGCAGAGGUUCGUGGCCAGUCAAAGCCAGAACUCGGUGCAUCUCAAUCAGCAGCACAGGCUGCAAAUUGCCAAUACAACAAUCACGGCCACAGCCAGAGAUCCUGCAACGACUGGAGGAGGAGCAGCUGCAGCAGCAGCAGCGGCGGCAGUGGCAGCUGUAGUUGCCUCAAAUGUUAUGGACACCGAACUAAUUGAAACCCAAAGCCACAUGACCGCAAACAAAAUCACAAACUCCGGCAGCAAUAAUAACAGCAGCAGCAGCAGUAGCAGCAAUGCCGGCAAGCAAUUAGCAGGCCAAACAAACAACGAAUUAAAUGUCGUAAAUAAUAACGACACCGGCAACAAUAAUAACUUCAUGUACAAUCAUCAGCAGCAACUUAAUGCUUCCAGCAACAGCAACAACAGCAGCCAGCAGCAACAGCAGCAACAACAUUAUUAUAAAUUGCAACAGACAGCAGCAACCCCAAGCAGUGGCCAACCUCAGCCUCAGUCUCAGGCUCAGGCUCAACCCACCCCUGUGGAGGCCAUGUGCAUGUCGCCGGAGCACCGCAACAGCAGCAGCAGCAGCAGCAGCAGCAACGGCAGCAAUGGCAGAAGUCAGCCCCCAGCUGCCACGUCUUCCGCUGGCAACCCCUCCUGCGCAUCCACAUCCACACCCACAUCGGGCAGCUCAUCCACUUCGAGUUCCUUACAAUCGAUUAUCGAUGGCAAUCAGCAGCAACAAAUUACAACGACGUCGACGGCGGCAGCAGCAAAUUGUGAUAAUUUAAUGAGCGCCAAUGCGCUCUCUGAGCAGGACUUGGGCAGCAGCAGCAGCAGCAACAGCCAUAACCACAGCAAUGGCAACGGCAACGGCAACAUCAACAAUCAGGCCACAGAAGUCCUCAACAGGAGUCAGUCGCAGACUCAACCCCUGAACCCAAAUGGUUGUGCAACUUUCAGAGCUUCCAGUGAUAACAGCAGCCAAAUAAGCGCCAGCGAGAACAGCAGCAGUAGCAGCAACAGCAGCAGCAGCAGUAGCGAGGAUGAGCCCCAGGCCGCGGCGCUGAGCUUCUUUAAUGAGACGCUGGAUCUGUCCCACGAGGACAUUCAGCGCACCUUGAUAGCCAACAUGCCGUACAACGUACAGGCACCUUCAGCAGAAGCAAGCGCAGCAGCAGGAGCUAGUGCGCCCUCAGCGAUAGCAGCAGCAACAUGCAACACCAAAGCCAAGAACAAUCAACAGGAGAUCGAGAAGAAAUCAUCGACGGGAACUGAGGCAGAAACGGAACCCGAGGAGGAUGAAACGGAUGAUGUGUUUGCCAAUCUGGAUGCUUUCGAUAUGCUCGUAGAGUUUCCCGAACUAGAUCUGGAUGAUAAGCAGGCCCUCAAUAACACAGCCCUGGAGCAGGGAUCGUAUUUGGGAGAGCCUGCGCCGCAGACGCAGCCACGCAAGGUCCUGAACAUAUGCGACUUUAGUCCCGAAUGGUCGUACACGGAGGGAGGCGUUAAGGUCCUGGUGGCAGGACCCUGGACAAGUAGCAAUAGUGGCGCCUACACGGUGCUAUUUGAUGCUCAGCCCGUGCCCACGCAACUGGUGCAAGAGGGCGUCCUCCGUUGCUACUGUCCUGCCCAUGAGGCGGGAUUUGUAACGUUGCAGGUGGCCUGCGGCGGAUUCCUCGUCUCGAACUCGGUGAUGUUCGAGUACAAGUUGUCCCUGCUGGCGGAUGCUCCGUUCGAUGCCAGCAGCUCCAACGACUGCCUGUACAAGUUCACCCUGCUCAAUCGCCUGUCCACCAUCGAUGAGAAGCUGCAGGUGAAGACCGAGCAAGAGCUAACCGACCACACCGCUCUCUAUCUGGAGCCGAACUUUGAGGAGAAGCUGGUGGCGUAUUGCCACAAGUUGAUCAAGCAUGCAUGGAGCAUGCCCAGCACGGUGGCUUCCUGGACAGUGGGAUUGCGUGGCAUGACGCUCCUCCAUCUGGCCGCCGCCUUGGGCUACGCCAAACUAGUGGGCGCCAUGCUCAACUGGCGGUCAGAGAAUCCACAUAUCAUACUCGAGACGGAGCUGGACGCCCUAAGCCAGGAUGUUUAUGGCUUUACGCCGCUCGCCUGGGCCUGUGUGCGUGGCCAUGUGGAGUGCUCGCUGUUGCUCUACAAGUGGAAUCACAAUGCACUGAAGAUCAAGACGCAAGCACAGCAAACGCCUCUGGAUUUGGCCAGCAUGCGAGGACACAAGCAUUUGCUGGCGCAAAUGUUUCGGCUGGAGAAGGAGCGCUGCCGGAAGCCCCAAUUGCGUGGUGGCCUGGCUAAUCUCUCAAUGAACAUGGGCGUAGAAGCUGAAGCAGAGGAGCUACAACAACAGCAGCAGCAACAGCAAAGCUUUAGCGGCUUUGAUUUGGAGCUACAGCGAAAGCAUGAUGGGGUGUUCCUGAGACCAGUAGCUGUGCAUAGCAAUCAAAGUCCUCCAAAUAGUGGCAGUCGUUACUCGAAACGCUCUUCAAUAGACAGUGGCAUUAAUAUGGAUAUACGCAGUAAAUCAGGCAAACCAUUGGCCAGGCUUCAUAGCAACUAUGAGAGUCAUGACAAUUAUGCCCUGGGCGUGGACUCGCCGCUGGACUCGUUGACUGGCACCAACUGUUUGCUGUCGCCGCUACGCAAAAUGGACUUUGCCUUGUGCGAGGUGGUAUCCACGGGCGAAUCGAGCCCCGUUAACGACAAAGACAUCGAUGACAACUCGACCAGCGCCACCGAUGUGACCAUUGGCAAUGACUUGGCCCUGCCCGAUGCCGUUGUAGGGGAUUCGGAUGCCAAAGUGCUGACCCUGGCCGAGCACAUAAUAGCAGCCAUGCCAGAACGCAUUAAGAAUGAAGCCGAUGAGAUGAUGGUUCUGGGCAGCCCCUUGACAGAACCCCUGACUUCCGAAUCGUCAGCUUUGACAGACAGCUUUAUGGAUCCUUUGCUAGAUUCACUACCCAAUACCCAUUUUGACAGUGAUUUUAGCUUUGAUUUCCAUGACCAUAGCUAUCGCUAUCAUGAUGUCAGCACGCCCUGUUCCAGUCUGAGUCCAGCCAGUUCGGGACCGUUGCAGUCGCCUGCCAGUUACUCCAUACUGGGCACCGAUCCAUCGGUCAGCUCACCGAGUCCGCCGCCGUCGACAAAACAACUUACGGAAUUCCUGCAUGCCUCCAGCAUUUCGCAGUAUCCCUUCGAGGCGGAUUUCUCGAAGCUCACGCUCACGGACACGGAGCAGCGGGAGCUGUACGAGGCGGCCAAGUGCAUACAGAAGGCCUAUCGAUCGUACAAGGGCAGGCAGAAGAUGGAGGAGCAGAAUAAGGAACGCACCGCCGCCACCGUCAUUCAGAACUAUUAUAGACGAUACAAGCAGUAUGCCUACUACAGGCAGAUGACGAACGCUGCCCUGGUUAUCCAGCAUGGAUAUCGCUCCUAUCGGCGCAACAAGCGCUUCAAGAAGAGCGGUCUGGGUGGCAUGGGUAGUGGCAGUGAUCACGGUAGCGUCAGCAGCAACUCGCAGUGCCUGUCCAGCUUCUAUGAUCAUUACAAGCAGGAUCAGCAGCAGCAGCAUGAGAUGGGCUCGCAGCCGAGCACGCCCAAGGAAACGAGUCCAUCGGGACCGUUGAAGCGAACGUACUCGCAAUCCACCCAGAAUCAAGCUGCCAGAAAAAUCCAACAGUUUAUGAGACAAUCACGCAUCAAACUACAGAAAGAGCGAGGAAAAGAGAAGCUGGUGCACCAACGCAGGGCGGAAUACCUUCAAAACUUGCAGUUUCAAGGGCAGCAGGAAAUGUUGGUGUGCCACGAAAAUAGCAAUUCAGCAACGAGUAGUGGCAACACCGGUGCCAGCAACAUCAACAAUCUACACCAAAUACAAUCCAAUCAGUGAGGGUCGCCAACUGAGUGAAGAACUUUUAACAUAGGAACGAGCUGCAUGUUCCAUAAGAAUUUAUGAAUAGCUUUAACAAUCGAGUGAAACUUUCUACUUUCGUAUUCGUUGUUCCCAUUAGGACAAACCAAUCCCAAGCACCUCUAUAUAUAGUGGAACUUUGUUUCUCUAAAACUCUCUAGAUCUUACACCACAUACAAACACACACUGAAUUAGUAGCAACUAAAACCUGCACUUUGAUUCAUUUGCCUAACGUAUUUUAAGAAAGUAUGUAUUUUCAAACUGAAAUGUAGUUGCCUAGGUUAGUGUUUUUUAAGGGUAUUAUCUUAAACCUAACUAAAGAUCGGACUCCAGGGAGAAGAUGAGAACACAAUUUUUCCAUUUGUCAACUCGAAAGAACUUAUUACCGAAGCCUUUGAAAACAACAACUUUUUAACUCCAAAUGUAGUGGAAAACGUAGCCUGCAAAAUAUAUUAUAUUAUAUAUAUA